AAAGACAAUUGUGGGAAUGCCCGGUGCGUGUAAAUUUAUUCGCGUUGAACUUCGCCUCCUGCUUCCUUGACUUGAGAAAAAAAGUUAGGGUCUUUUGGGUUUCAUCGUGCGGUAUCAGACAUGGGAGGAGGCAAUGGGCAAAAGGCAAAGAUGGCUCGUGAGAAGAACCUCGAAAAGCAGAAGGGCGGAAAGGGAAGCCAGCUGGAUUCAAACAAGAAAGCAAUGUCGAUCCAGUGCAAGGUGUGUAUGCAAACAUUCAUGUGCACCACGUCGGAAGUGAAAUGCAGGGAGCAUGUUGAAGCCAAACACCCAAAAUCUGAUAUUCAUACUUGUUUUCCUCAUCUUAAAAACUGAACAUAUUGGGGAUCGCAGGUGGAGACAACUUGAUAUAAUCAUGGCCUCUUCCUUGAAUCUAUUGACGGUGAUCUUCCCCAAUUUCUAUUAUAUCAAAUGUGUCUUUGCGUUUAUUACGAUUUCCCUUGAUAUAUUAGGGAAUGAAACACUGUGACUCUCGUUUUGUCUGUGUAACUGUUCAAUGAUCGCUAGUGUUAAUAUUUAAGUGUUUUACAGAAUAUCCUAAACUUAUAACAGGAAGUAUUCAUCAAUAAUUAUAGGUUACACUAAUCUGAGACCUAAAAAGGAACUUUUGAUGUCGCAGCCACAAAUCAAGGACACUUUAGAACCUAGGUGCUUUCGUUCUGCCACUGUGGAUUGCAUCUGUCCCAAAUGACUGGUCAAAUCGUGCCAAAAAUAUGAACAACUGCAAGCCAAGAGCGGAGGCAUUUUUCAUCUUAUGAAUGGCCUUUUUAAUAAGAUGCCAGUUUUGAAGGCUUAAAAGUUAGAUAUAGGCUUAAAAGCGUCGGGCUUUCAUCUUAUGAAAUAGAGUUCUGCUCCAUUUCUAUUGAUCUUCCAUACUAGUAGUAUUUGUACCCGGUCUGUUGAGUGGCAUGAGGACAAUAUGGUAGCAAAAUUUUUG